AUGGCUCAAGCUCCGGCGAACCUGUUCCCUGCCUCCGCCCCUCCUAGUGAUAACUUCCAACUCCUUGCCGAGUCCAAGAAGGCUGGCGCGGCUGAAGAUGAACUCUACGAGACGCAGAUCAGAGAGGUUGAGGCAUGGUGGCAGUCACCGAGAUACGAGGGAAUCAAGCGGCCAUACAGCUCAGCCGAUGUAGUUUCCAAGCGCGGUUCGCAGCAUCAGUCAUACCCGAGCUCCGUCAUGGCGAGGAAGCUCUUCAACCUCAUCAAGCAGCGGGAAGCCGAGGGCAAGCCCAUUCACACGAUGGGAGCCAUAGAUCCUGUCCAAAUGACCCAGCAAGCCCCGCACCAAGAAGUCUUGUACAUCUCGGGCUGGGCAUGCUCCUCUCUUCUGACCUCUACCAACGAGGUCUCCCCCGAUUUCGGUGAUUACCCCUACAAUACCGUACCGAACCAGGUCCAGCGUCUCGCCAAGGCUCAGUCGAUGCACGACCGGAAACAAUGGGAUUCUCGACGAAAGCUCAGGGCCGAGGAACGCGCAAAGACCCCGUACGUCGAUUACCUGCGACCCAUCAUUGCCGACGGCGAUACUGGGCAUGGCGCCCUCUCCGCCGUCCUCAAGCUCGCCAAGCUCUUUGCAGAGAACGGCGCGGCAGCGGUGCAUUUCGAGGAUCAGCUCCAUGGCGGCAAGAAGUGCGGUCACUUGGCCGGCAAGGUUCUGGUGCCCAUUGGUGAGCACAUUAACCGCCUUAAUGCUGCCCGUUUCCAAUGGGACGUCAUGGGCUGCGAGAACCUCGUCAUCGCCCGCACCGAUUCUGAGAGCGGGAAGCUCAUCAGUAGUGCCAUUGACGUCCGCGAUCAUGAGUUCAUCCUAGGAGUAGCGGACCCUAGCUUCGAGCCCCUCGCCGAGACAAUCCAGGCCAUGGAGGCCAAAGGCGCUGUCGGUGCCGAAAUUGACGCUUUUGAGGCCAACUGGGUCAAGAGCACCAAGCUCGUAACUUUUGACGAGGCCGCUGUGGCGCACAUGCAAAAGGAGGACGUUUCCCAGGACAAGAUUGACGCGUACCUCGAAGCUACACGCUCGAACCGCGACAUGGGAAUCUCCCAGCGCCGCAAGCUCGCCAACGAGCACACCUCGACGCCCGUCUACUUUUCCUGGGACGUCCCCCGCACGCGCGAAGGCUUCUACCACUACCGCGCCGGCAUGGACGCCGCCACGAAGCGCGCCAUUGCCUUUGGCCCCUACGCAGACCUCUUGUGGGUCGAGACGGGCGACCCCAACGUCAAGGUCGCUACGGAUCUGGCCAGGGCCGUCCGCGCCGUCUACCCGGGCAAGGGACUCGUCUAUAACCUCAGCCCUUCGUUCAACUGGAUGGCACACGGAUUCACAGACGAGACGCUCAAGAGCUUCAUCUGGGACAUUGCUCAGGAAGGAUUCGUGUUGCAGCUCAUCUCGCUUGCUGGCCUUCACUCCAACGCUACCAUUACAAACGAGCUGGCGAGGGACUUUAAGAAGGAUGGCAUGCUGGCGUAUGUGAAUAUUGUCCAGAGGCGCGAGAAAGAGGGUGGCUGUGACGUCUUGACGCAUCAGAAGUGGAGCGGCGCGAGCUACAUUGACGGGAUCCUCGGGGCUAUUCAGAGCGGCAGCUCGAGCAGCAAGAGCAUGGGUGAGGGUAACACCGAAAGCCAGUUCCACUAG